AUAGUCUUUGAGUAUGGUUUGGUUUCUAAGAUUGAAUACAAUGUUGUUGACGCUGGUAAUCGCAGCAGAGAGUUCUGGAUCUAGUGCGGGACUGUCAGUUUCCGCGAGUGGCUCUGGUGUUGAAGCGGCAGCUUCAGUAGGAUCUAGUAGUUCGUCAGCUGGCGAGCCGACGCUGGUAGCAUCAUCGUCAACUUCGCCAGCUUUAACGGGAUCAUCACCAUCAACACCGGCUUCUGGAGAAUCCACACUAGCGUCGUCGUUGUCUGGAUCGUCUACUCCAAUUGCUUCGACUGGAUCAAGCACGCCAGGCCAAACUUCGAGCUUGUCCCCUCAGACUGUAUCAAGCUCGGCUCUACCUGGCACUGGAACUGGAUAUGGCACGAGCUACUUGGGUGGAGACGUCGGCACGCCUGCGAGUUCUUAUGGCUUUGGCGCUCCACCACCACCACCAAGCUCUCAGACGCCACCAAAUCCUUCUCCAUCGCCAUCGCCAUCGCCAGCAAAUCCUUACGCGUCUUCCUCUUCUCCUCCCCCGUCGUCGCAAUCUCCAGCAACCAGGAGCUCUUUUGCUGGUUCAUCCAGAGGAGGAGGAGCUGCUGCUGGAAACAGGAUCAACAAGGGACCAAUGCCCGAGUUCAAGCUUCCAGACGGCACGAACAAGUGGACGUCGGUGGAUGAGAUGAGGCGGCACUACUUCCCAAACUGCGAUAACGAGCCGCCGCCACGCAGGACAUACAAGACCCCCGACCCCAGCGCGGGUGGAUUCGUCAUCCCCGACGGCUCCAGGAAGUGGAACUCGAUCGACGAGAUGCGGCGGCACUACUUCCCAAACGAGGAUUUCUCCACGCCGCCAAAGAGAACGUACAAGGCCCCGGAUCCAAAGGCUGGCGGCUUUGUUCUUCCCGACGGCUCUCGCAAGUGGAACUCGAUUGACGAGAUGAGGAGGCACUACUUCCCGGACGAGGACUUCUCCAAGCCUCCCAAGCCCUUUGGUUCCACGGGAAAGAGUGACAAGUGAUCGACAAAGCUUGCCAUUGCCACCUUUUCGUCUGAAAACUAUUCUAUUUAUCCAAACCUUUAUGGAGGUAAAGCCCUAUUUGAUACAUUGGAUUAGAUUAUAUUCAAACAAAUAUUUUAAUAUGAAUAUCUAUGGCGCAAGCGUGAACCUCAUGGCAGCCAUUCAAUGCACGAUCCAAGUGGUAAGUCUCGGCCUUCGAAGAAUUCGACUCCGUUAGGUUUCUUGUGAUUGAUCAUCGCUUGCGCGGAUGAUCCGUCACAUUCUUCCACAAGUUAGAAUGUGAGCCUUGUGCUCGUCGGGGGGCCCAAUUCACCAUCUCCAAUUCCGAGUUUACGCUGUGGUCGUGGGUGCUACCAGUCGGGCAGCUCAUCCAGAAGCUCCAGCUGCGAGGAUAUAAAGUGAAGGUAAAGUCUCUUCUCCUCUCAGCAUUUGCCUGUAAUGGGCAAAUGUUUGAGGCAUUCUGUUUUAACUUAAACUUCUGUGAACACCUUUUUUAUGAUGGCUUUCGUACGGAAAUAUGAUUCUGAGACUUUAGAGAUGCUGCCUCGGUCGGUGAAAAUCGUUGUGGGAGGAGACGUUGAAAGCAGCGGUCCAAGGUCGCAACAAGAUUAUCUGCUGGAUCAUAUUUCCUGCUGAUCCAUACGAGUUUACAACAAGGGAAAUCUAUCAACAGCAUUCCAGGCUAGCACAAACUCGUGCUGGGCGGAGCAGCAAGCAAGCUGGUUGUGGCGAAAUUCAUCUGAGCAAAAGAGGUGGAUUCCUGGAAGAUGAGGAGAGGUGAAGCUUCCAGUGACUGGUACUUUUUUCUUGUGAGUAGCAAAGACUUGUUUUUCGGGGUUUGUACCCAGCAGAGGUGGCUAUGUAGAAAUGGUGAAAAACUUAUCGGUUCCUUCGGGUUU